AUGCUUUUCGUAGCCAUGAAUCAUCGUAACCCUCAAGAAUCCACUCACACGACAUCAUUUCAUCUGCACGACUGUUCAUCCUCUUCUGCCAGUACGGACGACUCAAGUCAAGCAUUAUCAUCGUGCAAUGACUUGCAUGUGUCUAUGAGAAAUGGUGAUUCUCCACCAAAAUCACAACAGCAGAAACAACCACAGAAAAGAACUUUAAGAUCUUCAAACACUUCACCUCCGUCAACAGCCUCUUCGGGUAUUCGAAAGAGUUACAAAAUGUCAAACGUUUUGUCAGCAUCAUCACAACCACUUACUAAAAGCAUGUCUUCACAUGCGUCUUGUGAUUUGACAACUUCACAAAACACACCUGGUGCAACUGUUGACAAAUUCAGCAGACCACUUUUGAAGAAUGAAACAAUUCUCUGUGAAAAGAACCCAAAUUUCAAAGAAAAUUAUUUUGUCUUUGAAAAGAAGAAGGAGAAAACACCACUGGCUUUUUAUAACAUUUCUGUAAACGACAUUUUGAGUGGUGAUGUGAAAUCCAUUGGAAGCAGCGGUACUUUGCCAUCUAUGAAUGCACAAAAGAACAAGUCAUUGAAAAGCAAGUUGAAGCAAACCGAUCAGCAACAUGUAUUCGUGUUGAGCUCUCCAACUGCAUCUUCCUCCUCGAAGGCAACCAGAAGAACAUUUUCUUCCCAGCAUUCAUCGUCUUCAUCCUCUUCUCAUUCACACGAAUCAAUUUCUCCGGCUGUAAUCUCAUCCAACCAAUCUCACCCUUUAGUGACACCUCAAUUUGUAAAUUCACUUUCCAUUCAGGCAACACCAAAUUCUCAACAAACAUUUUCCAAUAUUUACCACAAUGGUUUUGGCGGAACUGUUUUGAAUUUCCAACCUUUGAAUACUACUACAGUAGCGUCUAACUUUUUCACUCCAACAUUAACUCCUUCAACAACUUCAGCAUGUUUAAAUCCUUCGGUACAGACUUCAAAUUUACAAAGCUCACUCUUACAAAAUUCAGUCAUGAUGCAGUACAAUCCAUCCAUCUCAAACACUGCAAUGAAUUCCAUGGAGAAUUUAAUUGCACAGUUAGAUCCAAAUUGUAGACUGCAAUUAGCACAGAAUUCCUUUCAUAUCGAUCAAGAAGCACUUUCUAACUUGCAAGGACAGCAGCAACCAAGUCCACACAGUGUUUUGUAUCCAUCAUCAUCAUCCAACACUUCAUCAACAACUGCCUCGGAGCCACAUUGUCAACCAUCUUUGAUUCUCAAUUCUACCACAACGACGUCUCAACCUUUCGUUAUGAUGAACUCAUUCCAAUCACCAGUGAAUAACAAUAUUUUCAUGAGUCCUUCGUUUCCAACAUCUACUCAUCUUCAACAAAAUACUAAUCCUUCAUCUACCAAUACUCAAAUUACCAUCAAUGUAAACAACUUUCCAAACGCUUCAUCCUCAAUAAUGGCACAUCCUUUAACACCCAAUGUGCAAGAAACUGCAUUAGAAAAAAACACAGAAAACUCAGCAAUAUCAAGUGUGAUGACUCAAUUGUUUGAAGUAGCCAUCAAGCAACAGCAACAGAAAUUAAUUGCUCAACAGGCAGCAGAAACGACAAUGUACCAACCAUCACAAAUGACGAGGGAUAACUCGUUGAGUGAACAACACUACAUCACGCCAAGCACUGAAAACUUGUCUCAACAACAACAACAGGAUGUUUCAUUAUUUUCAGAGUGUAUUCAUGAGCUCAACCCACUCCAAAUGGAGAAUCUAACGGAUGAUCAAAUGAUUGAAUUCUUUAACUUGAUCAUGGAGAACCAACAAGGAGCGAAUAAAUUAUAA